AUGCUGUACAAGUGUGAGAGUUCCAAUUCUGAUGAUGCCCAUCUCACUAUGGACGAAAGCAUAGCCCAUUACGCCCGAAACGAGGAAGAAUGUCUCGUGAUCUGUGUCAGCCUGAACGCCGUAUUAAAUCCAAACGGCGACAGUAUAACAGGAAUCCUUCGUCAUCUGGUGAAAUCGACCUACGAAUCUCUUUAUAAUGAACUUUCCUACGAAAUGGCAGUCUCCUCUACAGCGUUGUCUCAAGUGAUUCAUCGAAACCCAAUUAUUUUUCGUAUAUUCAACGUACAUAUUGUUCUUAUAACUACAUCUUAG